AGCCGGUCACGUGGGCGGCGGGAGCGGGGCCGGCGGUCGCGAGAGGCUGCGGCGGCGCAGGCAGCAGCAUGGCGGCGGCGCUGGGCGGCCUGGGCCUCCUGCACGGCCGAGUCAGGCUAGCAGCCACAGCCGCCGCGACCGCCUUCCUCGGCCGGCCCGGCCGCCGGGCGCCGGUGCGGGGAGACGCCGCCGCCGCUCUCCCCUCGGCCGGGAGGAGCUACGGUUCCGAGGCGAAGGAAGAGGAGGAGCUGCGGGUCCGGUACCUGGACGACGAGCACAAAGGAAUUGUGGUGCUUGGAUUAAACAGAUCUCAUGCCAAGAAUGCACUUAACAAAAAUAUUUUAAAAAUGAUGUCAAAAGCUGUGGAUGCUUUGAAAUCUGAUAAGAAAGUACGAACUGUUAUAUUCCGGAGUGAAGUCCCAGGGAUAUUCUGUGCUGGUGCAGACCUUAAAGAAAGAGCAAAAAUGCACUCAAGUGAAGUUAGUUCGUUUGUCUCAAAAGCAAGAGCGACUAUUAAUGAAAUGGCUAAUCUGCCUGUACCUACUAUUGCUGCAAUAGAUGGAGCUGCAUUAGGUGGUGGCCUAGAACUUGCGUUAGCCUGUGAUAUAAGAGUGGCAGCCUCUUCUGCUAAAAUGGGCCUAGUUGAAACAAAGUUGGCAAUCAUUCCAGGUGCAGGGGGCACACAGAGAUUACCUCGCACAAUUGGAGUCUCUUUGGCAAAAGAACUAAUCUUCUCUGCCCGUAUUGUAGAUGGUGAGGAAGCAAAAUCAAUAGGAUUGAUUAGCCAUGUGGUAGAACAGAAUGAAGCAGGGGAUGCUGCUUACAGAAGAGCAUUAGCUCUGGCAAGAGAGUUUUUACCUCAGGGACCAGUAGCAAUGAGAGUUGCAAAACUGGCCAUCAAUCAGGGUAUGGAGGUUGACUUAGUAACAGGUUUAGCAAUUGAAGAAGCUUGUUACGCUCAGACUAUUCCAACAAAAGACAGAAUCGAAGGUCUUCUUGCAUUUAAGGAGAAGAGACCUCCUCGCUACAAGGGAGAAUAAAAGAAGCUGAUGCCUUUAAAAUACAAGGGGAUAAAAUACUGCUAUGAGGACCAUUAAGGUGCACUUUAUAUCCGCACCUGGAAUAUCACAACCACCAAAGUAAAAGCAAAUCAUACUGAUGUUAAAACAUUUUCAAUGUGUCCAUACUUGUACUGGGCCCAGAUAGAAAUGUGUGUUAAUUCAUGUUCAUCGCAGUUUCUGAAGGUUGAUCUGUGUAUUGGCAAGGUCACAAGUUCAUGCAACAUUUUCAGAAUUUCACAUGUAUGAAACAUACCAUUCCACAAAUGAAAAAGCUCUGUAAAUUCUUUAUAUAGACAAAACCUAUGUGUGAUGUUAAGUAUAAAUCUGCUGUAUCAUUUUAUCAAAACAAAUGUGACUACUGAACACCAAAAAUAAGAAAUUGUACCAAAUAUACAUUAAGAUGAUUCUGUAUAUCAGUAAAAAUUAUAUUUGAGUAUUCUACCUGAAUAUGUACAUUAUUAAUAAAGCUAAGAAAAAUGAAAAGGAUUACUGUUUGGAAAAUGUUAAGCUUUAUUUAUCUGACUUACACUAUUCUAAGUAAAAUGAAAUUAACUUUAGCAUAUAAUGGCAUCCUUUUGAUGAAGUCACUGCCAUUAUAUUCAUUUAAUUGUAUUAAAUGAAGACAUUUCCGAGGCCAGCCUUUAAUUAUGAACUCUUGUAUGUUAAACCUGACUUUGCCUUGCAUUCUUUCAACAUAUCAUCUGAUCAGCACUGUCUGCUGUGAAGGAACUUAAUUUCACUUGCUUCAGUUAUUUUAAAUUUUUGAAGAUUGUAUUAAAGAUUGUUGUGCAGCGAUGCGGCUAAUGUGCUAUUAAAGAAACUAGAAUUCUCUUAAUCUCCAGAAUAUUCCUUUUGAAGGUCCUCAUAAUGUAUAUUUCUAUACAACAGGGGUGAUACUGAAAUGUUCUUUAUUCUGUGGCAGCCUCAGGGUUCUUUUCGUACAUUAAAAGAGAAAUCCAGUAGGUUUAUAAGGUGAGAAAACUGUUCUGAUUCAUAUUGUAUAUUUGCUGAGGACACGGCAUAUACAGCAAAUGCCUGGAAAUAAUCUCUUAGAAAGUAUUUUUGUUAACUUGACUGGAAAAUAAACAUGAUUUAGCAGUCA